AUGCAUGCCGACUUAGAGGACCACAACCCCCAGAAAAAUGUUUUUGACGCAGGAUCUAACGAAGGGGAUAACAGCAAAGAUGAAGAAUAUCCGUGUUGCUCAGAGGCCUCAACCUUCGAUGAGAGCAUAUGUACGGACUGCGUGACUGUGAAGGUGGGUUUGUUGGAGGAGUUCCUCUUAUACAGGUAUAAAAUGAAACAACCCAUUUAUGAACGCAGAGCUGCGGAUGAUUAUUGAUGUGAAGCACGAGGAGCAGUUGCUGAGAUCCUCAAGACGGCUUCUGAGCAAAUUGAGGUUGUUUUUGCAGUGGAUGUGAACGAAAUCGACUCAACCAGUCACUCGUAUGACCUUGUCAGCAAACCAAAACUCCCCAGCAAUGCAAGAAUUCAUGCUGGUAGAGGGUUACCCAAAACACGUGUCCUUAUGGAUCUCCUGGGUGGGAUCUUUGUGAAGGUCAACUGUGCCCCUGAGGAAGACUUCUGGAAAUUCCUGAAUAUCAUGAGAGUAUAUGCUGGAACGAAGCACUUCAUCUAUGGAGAGCAGAGGAAACACAUCACCCAAGAUUUGGUGAGGCUGAAGUUCCUGGAGUACCAGCAGGUGCCCAACGGUGAUCCUCCACGCUACGAAUUCCUGUGGGGUCCAAGAGCCCAAGCUGAAAACGGAAAAGUGAAAGUUCUCGAGUCUGUGGCCAAGGUCCAUGAUAUUGUUCCUAGUGCCAUCUCAACACAGUAUGAAGAAGCUUUGAGAUUCGAGAAAGAGAGUCCGGGCCAAAAUUGCAGCUGGGCCUGGCACUAA